UACUUACCGUUUGCCAUACUCGGGCCCAAUAUUCUGCUGUCGUCUGUCGUAGUUAACAGUUGUCGUGGUACGUUGUGCAGCUCAUCAUCGUCCGCACGGUGAAGAGUGUUUUUUGGUUUUGUGUUGUUUUUCUACUGUUCUACUGAACAUACACAGCAACCAGCAUAAUAUACAAGAAAAGAAAAAAGCUAAAAUUAAAUUGAAAACAAGCAAGCAGAAAAAAAGAGUAUCCCUCCUCCCCACUGCUUUAAAGGAAUAUACAAAAGUCAGCUGUUCAAGUUCUUUACCCCAUAUAUAUAUAUUCGUUUCUUUUUCUUUUUGGAUAAGAGUAAUUCUAGUCGCAUUCGAUUUAGUUCUAUUUUUUAUUUUUAUUCAAGAGGAAAAGCUAAAAAAAAAUUAAAAAGCAAAAAAGGAUACUCCUAUAAGGCAAAGAAACAAAGUGUCCUCCCACAUUGAAACAACAGUGAAAGAUUGUGUGAAAGAGUGUGCGUCUGUGUGCAAGAAGAACUGAAAAGGCUAGCAAAAAAUUGUUAAAGUGUUAAACUUAAUCAUAACAAAAAGGUGUUAAUUUUUUCUAAUUUCUAAUUUUUUUAAAGCAAGAAGUGUAACCCUUAAAAAAAUCCAAAAAAAGUGUUUAUAAAAAAAUUCCCAAAAAUCUCCAAACAACAAAAAAAUCGAAACAAAUCCUUAUUAUACCAAAACAAGAAUAAACAAAAAAAAACAACAACAGCUACAACUGAAUAGAAACAUAUUCACAAAAUAACUGGAAAUAAAAUCGCUCAUACGUUUGGUGGUCCUGUUAUCAAUUCGUUCGUUUCGCUGGUACAGAGAGGCGCUGCUGCACCACAAGCAGAACAAUACAAAAAAGCCACUCAGAAUGCCGAGGCCUUCCAUUCAGUCUCAGUAGUAGUCAAUAGUGAUGUACCACAUACAAGGCAACGGCUGGCAGAUGUUUUCACCCAUACAUGCAAGCGUAUUGGGACGUACCGCUUCAAGAACAAGAUCAUUAGUUUUAACCAACAGCGGAAAUUCAACGAAACAAAAGCCAACCCAGCAAACAACAACAGCAAGGAACUAAAACAGCAACACAAAGUGAAGUAGAGAAGAAAUUCCAUGCGACCUCUAUUGAUAACAAUAGACCAAAGGAUCCAAGUAACACCCAACUACUACCACAAAAAACAGCAAAAUAUAUAUAAAUAGCUAUAAAAACAACCACAUUUGAACGUUGUUAGACAAACAUAUACAACAACAACAACAAAAGGAAACAGCAACAACAAGAAGUAUACCAAAUCGUUGCCAAAGAAGAAAAAAUCCAUAAAAUUAUAACACCAGCAACAAAAAGUGAACUGCAAUUAAACGAAGAAACUACGCCUCAUCACAAAAACUUGAAACAAAAUUCUUUUACACCAACAACUGCAUCCUGCGAAAGCGAAGUACUACUACCACAGCGACAUAGAGAAACAUCUACACCCCUAUCUACAUCUUCAUACGCUUAUUACACAACCAUAGUCCUAGUCGUCAUUAAAUAGGCCUCCUAUGGGAGUAGACAAUCGAAUGGACAGCAAGAGCUAAAAAUCACCACCCAACAGAAUCUGUUAAGUACCCGCCAUUUUAUUUGGUCCUUAAAGCCAAGCAAACAAUCGACUUAGCCCAGAAUCGUUACGACCCACUCACUGACUCAUUCUACUUCAGUAAGCAAAAACGAAACAACGACAGAACAAAAAUGCAUAUUGAAAUACAAGUGGCAUUAAAUUUUGUUAUCUCGUAUUUGUACAACAAACUGCCAAGGCGGCGAGUUAAUAUAUUUGGCGAGGAGCUGGAAAAGGCGCUGAAGGACAAAUUUCAAGGUCAUUGGUAUCCGGAGAAACCCUUUAAGGGUUCUGCAUUUCGUUGCCUAAAAACAGGCGAUCCAAUCGAUGCUGUAUUGGAACGUGCUGCCCGUGAGAGUGGUGUUCCCAUUAGCGAUAUUUUAGAAAAUCUUCCAAAUGAACUUUCAGUUUGGGUGGAUCCCGGUGAGGUCUCAUAUCGUAUUGGUGAAAAGGGUGCUGUUAAGAUUCUCUAUUCAGAGAACAGUGACAAUCAGGAGGAUAACUCUUCAGCCGAUGGUGAAGUGAAUAAGACAUUUAAUCCUGAGGCUCAAUGUUUUCGACCCAUUGAUGCCGUCAACACUAGCAUGAACAGUUUGAGCUUGAGUCCCAAAACAUCACCGAUGGCGGGCUCUUCGCCGCUAUCGGCUACAUCAAAUUCACCAACCUAUAAGGGUAGUCCGAACCCUGCAACCGCUGCCGGAGUGAAUAGCGUUCCAUUUAUGCAACGUUCACAGGCACCGUUGACAUUUACAACUGCUACCUUUGCUCAAACGAAGUUUGGUUCGACAAAAUUGAAAACCAAUUCCAAAAGAUCGAAUAACACUUCAUAUCGUAUGUCGCCCACAGAAUUCUCCAAUUACAUAAAACAACGUGCCAUGCAACAACAGCAAAUACACCACGGCCAUGGCCAUUCGCCCAAUGGUGCUGGCGGCCCAGCCCAGCCAGGCAAUCACUUUGGUCCCAUAGGUCCUGUGUCGCCUGCAAGAUCGCUUUCGCCAAAUCCCCUGUCCUUGGGACUGGGACAAAAUGGUGGAGGCGAUCCCUUCUACUUCCCCAGCAUGGCCAUGGGCAUGUAUCCACAGUUCAACAAUCAUCACCGCAAUCUAUUCGAUGCCACACAUUUCCAUGGUGCUGAGAGCAAUGGUCUCUUCGCCCCCACCAACAAUGGGGUGGGCCAUGGCAAAUUUAACAAUUACUUGGAACCGCAUGGCUUCUACAACAUGAGCGGCAAUCAUCAUAUGCCACAGCAACACCAGCAGCAACAUCAACAGCCACAAUCGCCCAUUGCCAUGAACGGUGGAGGCGGUGGCGUCAUUGGCAAUGGUGUGAUUGGCGGUCCUGGCCAUCAUGCGGUGGGUAAUAUGAAAAAUUCAAAUGAAAAUAUUACAAAUUCGGGUAAGGAUGUUGCUGGUGGCAAUGUCAACACUGCUGUUAACACCAAUAACUCUAACAACAACAACAACAAUAAUAAUGCUGCCAAUAUAACCGUUACGGUAACCAAUGGCAGUACCAACGACAGUACUGCCGUUAGCCCUGUACCGCCACCAUCAGCAGUGGUGGCUGCAAAUGCGGAACGUCAAAAUGCCGCUAAUGCAGUGGCUGCUGUGGCUGUGGCCGCUGCCACAGCUACGGCUACGGCCACCAAUAGCAGCAGCACUCCCCAAGACUCAUCAGCAGCAGCAGCUGCCACCUCGAAUGCUGCAGCUAACUCGAAAUUAAUCGAUGGUCUCAAUUCAUUCUAUUCCAAUGCCACUGGCUCCUAUCAACAGCUAUUAGUUGCCAAUUAGAAUUCAACUCUACUACACUCACAGCAACAAAGAGUCCUUUAAACAUAGAGACCCCAAAAGUCCUAACGUCCUAUAACUCUCCCCCCGUAACACACUCACUCUCUCUCUCUCAAAAAUAUUGCAGAGAAGCAAAAUUAAAUGAAUAAUUACAAAACAUUGAUAGAGACAAAAACAAAAUAACAGCAGCAACAACAACAACAACCAGCAUACAAAUACAACUACAUACAUACAUAAAUACAUACAUAUAUACAUAUAUUUUUUUAAAUGCUUAACUAAAAAAAACAAAAACUAAAGAAGAAAAACAAAGAAACAAACCAAAACGAUAUAUUAGUUUCAUCAAGGACUUAUUCAAAAAAAAAAAAAAAACAAGAAAAUAGAACGGAAAAAACCAACAACAUUUAUAUAAGAAAAAACAGCAAAACAAAAAAUAUAUAAAAAUAUUUUUUUUUAGUUGUUUCUUAUUUUUUUUUUUUUGUAAUUAGCUGUAAUUUUUUUAGAACAUAAUAACGUAGAAGCAUAUAAGCAAACAAAAACAUAAAAGAACAAGAAGAAGAAGAAUGCUGGCGAAAAAGUCAUAAAAAGUAUAUAAAUAUAUAUAUUUUUUCACUGUUAAUUUUUUAUACACAUUUUAAGAAAUACUGUUUAAUAUUUAAAAAAAAAUGAUAACAAGUAUAAACUACCUAAACUAAAGAUUUCAUGGAAACACCUUUUACCCCACUUGAAUACAAACAAAGACGAGAUAGAAGACGCAAGAAACGAGGUGGAAAUAUAAGAGGCAAAAAUAACCACAAAUCGUUGAAAAGAUCUAUAGAAAUUAGUUAAUUAACUUCGUUUUAGCAAAAUUUUAACUUAAAUCAAUGAAGAUGAAACUAACAAAACAAAAACAGCUGAUCAAUGUACUAGAUUUGAUGUCCAAUGGAUUACUCUUUAGUACAUGAGGAUGAGACAAGGGAUUUGUAUCAACUAUUGGAUUAAAUGAUUAUCUUAACCAGUGAUGGGCACACUACCUUUGUUGAAAAUACCAAACAGUGUUUGUAUGAGUAUCAUCAAACAUAAACUAAAUGAAAUAGUUUGAAACUAGAGUCAGCUGAUUGAAGCCCCACGAAGUUGUUUACACUGUCCGUGAGCUUUUGUUAGUUUUUUCUAUGACACUCUCCAAUAAUGAUUAACCCCCUAAAAAUGCAAUAUUGCUUUUUGAUGCAACGCCAGCUGUUUGCUUCAAACCAGCUGUUUUUUUCUACAAAAUCAGCUGAUUAUGAUGUUGAUCUAGCAAAAGAAAACUUUCAAAAAACAAAAUGUUCAAAUGUUGCAACUUUUGUGAGUUUGGUUCCAUAAAUGACCACAAGAUGUUUGGAAGCUUGAAAAGUUCUACAAAACCAAGCAAUUAUCUUAAUUUUAGCUUAAUUAUGUGAAGAUGAAAUAGAUGAUCGACGUAGUAGAUUUGAAGGGUAAUGGGUCAUUUUUGAGUACAUGAGGAUAAGAUGAACGAUUUGUAUGCGAGAAAAGAUGAGAGAAAAAAGAUAACAACAAAGAGAAUACAAACAAAAAUUUGACAUUUUAAUACCGUCAAAUUUGGCCGGCUGUUAACAGCUGUUUGCUUCCAGCUGC